AUGGCCGCACAGCAACUUGAGGAUAUCGGUGCGAUCGAGGAAGUGGAUGUUGGAGGCUACGAAUUGGUUAACGUCAAGCAUGAAUCCGCCGCUGUUGCUACUCCCACUCGUCGUCAUACGACUCCAGGAAUUAGAAAUCGAUGUCCUUAUGGUUGUGGGAAGAUGAUCGCUCUUAGAACGAUCGACUAUCACAGAACUAAUGGGUGUCGUCCCGGUAAUUCGAAAGACGAGACGUUUGGAGACACAAGCAAAAAGCGUUAUUAUUGUUGUGGAGUCUGUUUCAUGGAAUUUGUUACGCGAGCGUCUUUCCAUGAACACUUGAGUGUUGAGCACGAUGUGCACCCGGAAAUAAAUGAGCUCGUUUUUGACAACAUUGUAGAGUUCAAGCGUUUCGUGCGCUGGUUAGAGCUCAAAGGUGGAGCUCAUUUUCGUCACAAAUCCGGUUCGAAAAGACGUCAACGAGGAAGAGGAAUUUUCAUGGCUUGCAACAGAAGUGGUUUUGUGAAUUCAACCAAUGCCACAGGAACCGAUCGCGAUCGAGUUGGUCCCUAUCGCAUGGGCCAUACAUGCACCGCCUACAUUCAUGGAACUCAGCAUGCUGAUGGACGAGUGUCGAUUGAAAUGUGUGGUGAUCAUUACGGACAUGACGUUCGAAUGAGACUUCCUCCAAUAAUCAAGUCAAUCAUAGCACAACGACAGAUGGAAGGUGAAAGCAACGCGGAUAUCAUUGACUACUUGAGACAACACUUUCUUCCGUUUGCAGCGGACAACAUCUAUGCACAGCGAGCAUGUCUAGUUGACAAUGAUGAACUUCGUACAAUCAACGUUACAGCGACAAAAAAAUGGGAAGUUGAAGGUAUACCAACCGCAUGUGAAAUUUGGGAAGAAGAACUUCUAGACUUGGUCGGGAUCGUGAGAGAAGGAGUACCACGUGUGAGAGAGUUGCACGAAAAAACAACCGAAGAGCUCGCAAUAGAACAGAAUUGGCCGAAACCUCAAGUAUUCACUGCGAAAGUACGGUUGAAGAACGGUGAUUUUGUGCCUGUUGAAGCCGUUUCAGAAUUAGAUCGUUGUGCCCGAGACGACCAAUACCAUGAAGAAUCUCCGUGCCUGUCACCGGAAAAUCCUGAAGGCUAUGAGUCUACUGAAGCACCAUUCCAAGGCAGUGGUCCUCCAUCCAAGAAACCUAUGCUCUCGGAUACAGCGAGACGUAUUGAAGACAGCCCAGAAGAAUAUAUUGACGUGGAUGGAGUGGCCGAUGUUGCUCGCCUGUCAUCAGCUGCCUCGUCUGGACAAGGUUCCGAUAUUCCUUCGCGAAGAAACUACGUACCAAAGGGAACAACCAUAUCAAAAGAAGAAGUCUUGCAAAAGUUACUCUACGAAAUCGACUCGCUGAGGAAUCUUAUUAUUGAAUCGUCAGCGUUGUCAUCAGCGUUCAGUCUGCAGUACCUUUUACUACGUUUGAAGGCUCUUCGGCCGAUGGUAAGACAACCUAUGUCAUCUCAGACGCGAGCAAAUACAUUAGAAUUUCGAGACGGGAGGUUGCCUGAUAAUAUUUGUCAGUUAGAUGGGGAGCUGACUGGUACUGGAUCCUAUGACGUUCUAAGCGAUGACGAAGAUAUUGUACUAUCAACUGGUGGAUCCAUCGAGUUUAAUAGCUAUAUCUGGAGGCGGAAAAUGAGUGCAGCAGUGCGGAAGCUCGCCUCCGACUUUUCUCGAAUAUUUCUGGGAAGAGCAUCGACAGCAGCACCAUUAUUCCAGUCACGUCCGCUCAUGAUCAGUACCGCUCUUCACGACAGUAUUAGAGACGCACAUCGGGCAGGAACCAAAGUUUCUGGUGCUGCUAAAGAAGUUAUGGAAGGUACCGCGGGUGCAGGACGAUUCACGACGGUUAGUAUGCACGGUAUUGAAUCGCGAUUUCCCACCGCCGAGACCAUGAAAACAGAGUUUGACGGAAUUCCUUAUUGUGACUUGCCAAUCGUUUACAUCAAAGCGACUAAAAACAACACACUCGUGACGGUUAUGGACAAAAAUAACCACGUGAUCAUCUACACGUCAUGUCGACUCGAAGGAUUCAAGCAUGCGCGUAAGAAGACUACCAUUGCCGGUCAAACAACUGGUGUGGCAGCUGGCCAACGAUUAGUUCGAAGAGGUGUUCGGGCAGUCAGAGUACAGGUAAAAGGUCUUGGUCCAGGACGGAUGACUUGUGUCAAAGGUCUGACUGUUUCUGGAGUCCAAGUGGUCAGUAUAACGGAUCAUACAGCGCUAAAAGAACUUGGUCCAAGGCCACGAAAAAUUAGAAGAGUUUAG